UUACCUUAUACAUCAAUUCACCCUUCCUAAACCUCCCGGUUUCAUUCCGUCAUUAUGUCUUUCCUCUUCGGCGGUGCCCCCAAGAUGUCCUCGGCAGAGAAGAUUGCUGCCGCGGAAACUGAAGUCGAGAUGAUCUCCGAUAUGUUCAACCGCUUGUCCGAGUCCUGCACCAAGAAGUGCAUUCCCAACGACUACCGCGAAGGUGAUCUGAACAAGGGUGAAUCCGUUUGCCUUGACCGCUGCGUCUCCAAGUUCUUCGAUGUCAACAUCAAGGUCAGCGAGAAGAUGCAGGGUGAGGCCGCUCGUAACCAAGGCGGCGGUAUGGGUGGAUUCAUGUAAGGGAAGAAGGAGACAGAUACAAGGAAGAUAACCUCUUGAUUGAGAAGGGUCGUGGAGGAGAAAAGGAAGAAAAUGAUCAACGCCUUUUCGCCGAAUAAUUGGGUUGCUUGGCCCUUUGGUUAUUUGAUGCUUCUCUAACCGACGGAAGCCUACGCUUAAUUUUUUUUUGUUCUCUGGUAGCCAGCUGGUUUGUUCACGAUUAUCAUGCAUUGCACGGUCGAGGCGACACCAGGAACCUAUUUGAGAUAUGUACACUAGAAUGGG